CAUUAACUGCUUUUGCAAUUUCCAUUACACUUUAAUUAACUAAAUCUCAUAACAAAAAGGAAUCUCUAUUUGUUAAUCCAGGUCCAGAGUAAUACAAAGUUUUGGUGAGCACACAGAGCAAAUGAGAAAGAAAAAGUAGGAAAAUGGGUCUGAGACUUAAUACAACGCAAGCAAAAAAAUGAUAAAUGCCAUAAAUAGAACUUACAGUAAGUUGAGGUUGCUAGACAAAUUCAAGUGCUUGACCUUAUUGAAACAGUCUAUUAGAUAAAUAGAACUUACAAUAAAUUAAGGUUGUUACACAGUUUUCUUAAUGGAACAAUUUACAUUCCUGAUAAAUGAAUUGCCUUCCCUUAACGAACACAACAUGAGAAGAAAAAUAUCUUCCAGACACAACUUUCUUUAUUUUUGCUUCUCAUCAGACACAAGAAAUAAUUCACAAGACAACCCAAUAUCAAUGACAAUAACAAGUAAAGACAUUUUUCAAGUUUCAACAAUAACUCUUAGCCUUUCACUACAAAAUAAAUACCUGAAUAUCAGAACCAUCAAAACAAGCAAUUACUUCAGCCAUGACAAUAGAAACCUUUGCUGAGGAUGUAAUCUUGGGUCAUCUCUCUCUUAGCUCCAUAGACUCUCAAUUUUAGGAUGCUUGCAGGAUAUAUUAUUUGUAAGAAAAAUAUCCAUUGAUGAAUUCGCAGACAGAACAACAAAUAUAACUCUAAUUUAUCU